GUGCCUCAGAACCAAUGUUCCGAGGUUAAUUAUUGGAGAUGGAAUAAUUUGUUCGGUUUUGGUGAUCACUAGAAAGCUGAAAUGGAUCCUGCUGAGGAUCGUAUAGACUUUGGAGAGAUGAAUAUGGAGGGUCACGGAAGGUGCAGUUUCUGGGAAGUGGAGCCAUACCUGCACUUGCAGAUGUAGAGUCAGAUAGGGGAUGAUGAUGAAUAUGAUGAGCUCUACAAUGAUGUUAAUGUUGGAGAAGGUCUUCUACAGAUGCAACAUUCUGAAAUGCCAACACAACCUGGUGGUAUGACCAAUAAUAGUGUUGGAGCUCAGAAGAGUGAUGAUCUUGAACAGCGAUUUGAACCUGGGGGCUCAAAAAACCAAAAUUUUCUAGGUGCUUCAAUUUAAGGCAAGUGUGCUAAUGUUGAUGCUUCUUUUCCUGAGCAGAAUGUGGGCAACCAGCUAAUAACAGACCAGAAACAGUAUCUUCCAUUUACCCACCUGGGUCUUCAAUUUCACAAAAGGGGAGUGCCAUGGAGAUGACCCAUGAUAUGCCAGUGAAAAACAUUGAUUUUCAUGGAAUAACUUCAGCGUCACCCAAGAUUGGUGUUGAUCCUUCUGGUCUACCCAAAAAAAGUGCUAAUGAAGUUGCUCAAUCACUAAAUUCUGGUAUUUCUGGACCUCAAGGUGUUUCACAAAUUCUGGCCAAUCAAAUAGAAAUGAAUGCCAAUCCUUUUAUGGUGCAUGAAAAUCAAAUUAGGCCACCAAUUGAAAAUGGUUCAACCACGCUGUUUGUGGGAGAAUUAUAUUGGUGGACAACAGAUGCAAAGAUUGGAAGUGCAUGUUCUCAAUAUGAAAGGGUGAAGGAAAUUAAGUUCUUUGACGAGAGAGCUAAUGGUCAAGCCAAAGGCUAUUGCCAAGUUGAGUUCUAUGAUCCAGCUGUUGCAGCUGCAUGCAAAGAGGGAAUGACUGGUCAUGUUUUCAAUGAGUGGGCUUGUGUUGUGGCCUUUGUUUCUCCACAAACUCUGAUGCAGAUGGGGGCUGCUUACAUGAAUAAAACUGAGGGCCAAGCUCAAUCUCAAUCACAGGGAAGGAGGCUAAAUGAUGGUCUAGGGAGAGAUGGCAAUCUUAAUAGUCAAAGUGGAGAUACCUGGGGCUGGAGGACGGGGAAGGGAGUUUUUGGUGCAAAGAACAUGGUUGGGGGCUCUGCUAGAGUUGGAAAUGGUGCUAGUGGUAUGGGGGGUUAUGGACAAGGGCCAGCAGAUCCUAUGUUUGGGGGUCCUCCUGGUGGCAUGAUGGGAGCUGGAUUUGACCCUUUAUAUCUGGGUCGUGGAGGUGGUUAUGGAGCUUUUCUGGAUCCUGGUUUUCCUAGCAUGCUCCCUUCAUUUCCAGCUGUUAACACAAUGGGGCUUGCUGGGGUAGCUCCUCAUGUCAAUCCUACUUUCUUUGGCCAGGGAGUGGCACUUAAUGGGAUAGGAAUGAUGGGCUCCUCUGGAAUGGAUGGACCUCAUAGGGGCAUGUAGAGUGAUACGAGUAUGGGUGGUUAGGGAGGAGAUGAAUAUGGUCACUGGACAAAGGAAUCUAGUUAUGGUGGUGAAGAUGGUGCUUCUGAACACGGGUAUGGGGAAGCAAACUAAGAAAAGGGAAGGUCAAGUGCUGCCUCACAUGAGAAAGAUUGGGCUUCUGAGCAUGAGUAGUCUAAGAACACCGAGAGGAGGCAUCUUAAUCAGAGGGAUCGAGAUUGGGACUGGUCUGAGAAGGAGCAGAGAGAGCAUCAAUACAGGGAAGAAAAAGAUGGCUACCAAGAGCAUUGCCAAAGAGACCGUGACUUGGAUUAUGAGGAUGACUGGGAUAGAGGACAGUCUUCUUCAAGAUCUCAGAGAAGAUCCUGUGCAGAAGAAGAGCACAGGCCACGAUCAAGGGAUGUUGAUUAUGGAAAAAGGAGACAUCUGCCAUCAGAGUGAUAGCAUGAGGUAGUUUGUUCUUUAUUGGCUCUUAUGAGAUCUCACAUUCAUUUUCACAGUUAGUUUCUCUCCCUCCAGUUGCUAUACCCGUCUAUUAUCAUUCUCUGUGAUGCCCAUGGAUCUGGAUGCGGAUUGUUGCUUCCCAAGUAAAGAAGGUUUGGAGUGGCAACACUUUGUCCUCAUGAUUGAAUCAACCUAUGUGAUUGCCUGCAAGAAGAUUUGUUUGAUGGGCUGGCUUCAUUGAGUUACUCUGAUAUUUGCUUUGGCCUUUCAAGUUUGUCAUAUCAUUUUUCUUUGAGAACCGUUAACCCCGGAAAGAAAAUAUAGCCGACUCAGUUUAUUAAUCACAAACUUGAUGUUGGUAAUACACUUCAGAAGAUAACCAACACAUCCUUUGUUUUGUAUAAUAUAUUCUUUUCUUGUAAAGUUGAGUUUGUGUAUUAGGUCCUCAACUUGUAAUGGCCUCUUUUGUUUUUGUUUCAAUAUAGCUGGCUUGUGAUAAGAUUUUUGUAUUGAUAUUGGGGCUAAUUUUUGUGGAUACAGUUUACUGUGUAUAUAUUGUGUUUUAUCGAUGAUGUUAGCUUCGCUAGAAGAGUUAUGGAUGAGCUAGGAUUCAUUGUAAUGUAAACUGAUCACUGUGACAUGUAAUUCCCAUGUAAUCUGUACAUGAAGGAUUUCAGAUCUCUUUGUUUUACUUCGGUUUAGGAUUGUUUUUGUCCAUUUUCAUAAUUUCAGACUUUAGAUUUUACUAGUCUUUUCCCUAUGUAUCGUUGUGUGUUUCCCCUUGUACAGAGCAAGUUUCUUAGUAUUUUAAGGAUAUAUAUAUAUAUAUAUAAUGUGAAGCGGGUGUUCUGAUGUACUUGUUUUAAAAUUUCCUAGGUUUAUUGUUAAUUUCCUACAGUUUCUGGUAAUUUGCAAACUUUAAUUGGUUUUUAUCCUUGGUUUUGUGCAUAUACUUCUUUUUGGCCCUGACUGGUCUUAUAGA